GUACAACUGGUCGACGGCAAAAUCUGGAAGUAUAUAUACACCAUAUAUUCUGCCCGACUCUUUCUAGAAAAUUAUUGGAAGGAAGACUUCCGAGUUUAGACUCCGAUCUCCAUCUCCGAUGGCGUACGUCGAGCGAGGCGUUGUGAAAUCCAAGCGAUCCAUUUGGCGACUCAAGACGAUAACGGACUUCUUCUGGGCCAUCGUCAACUUGAUAGGCGUGUUUUUUGCUACAAUGUUCUCGAUGGAAAAGUCGGAUGCUUACAGAAAAGGAUCUGGUGCUAGCAAAAAAUGGGAUGGCGGGGGCCCCGGAGGGCCUGGAGGGGGACCGUAUGGUGGUGGUCCGCGUGGCCCACCUCGUGGACUUGACAAUGUUCGUGGCAUCGACCAUAGUUCCUUACCUGCCUGCGGUUCCUGCUGUGGUUAAAUGGCGGGGGGUAUAUCUUGCAUCGUGCUUCGAAAUGGUUGGCUGGUUUAGGAGUGAUAAUUUAGUAUGUCAAUGUAGAUACAUAUAAGAAGACAUGGAAGAGAAAUGCAAUAAUCCAUAACGUUUUAAAUCCCUCCGAAACUCUUUGUUCAAGUACUAAAUCUGUGGGUUUAGCUGUAUGAAAUGUGUAAAAGAGUCGUGAUGAUCCUUUCAAGAAUAUGCAUACAUUAAUUUUCAGUCGUUUAUUGA